AUGGAAUUUAUUAAAAUAAAAACAGAAGUGAGAUGUAAAAUAAUAAAAACUUCAUAUAACUCACUAAUAAUGAAGACAGAAUCUGGACACAUAGCUCAUUUGAAACAUGUUAACUUAAAAAUAGAUCCAAAUUAUCAAGUUGGUGAAUAUUUAGAUUGUAUCGUUACAGGCUAUUCAGAUAACGGUUUAAUAGUCUCAUUAAAAUAA